AUGAAUGCGUCUCGAACCGUGGCCAUGCAUCUGCUCACAAUCAGUUCGAUCGUAGGAACGACACUCGGAUCGUCCACAAGCGCCAUCGCAAAUGUUGGUCUCAUCUUUGCGUUGUCACAUUUCACCUGCCUUGCCUUGUCUCGUUGUCUUCAUCUCGUAAAUGUGCGCUUGCAGCAUAUGUUUGACCGUGACCUAAAGCUAAUCUGUCUACCGUUUUCCUAUACCAUCUCCUUCAUUUGUGCUCUUCAUCCGGACGUUGCAGUUAACGACCCUCUAACGACCCAGCAAUCGACGCAAGCUUUACACCCACCAUACCCAUCCUCCGUCCCGUCACAGCCCACCCACACGUCACAUCUGCAGAAGCCACAACCCGACACUUUUAUCUCCCAUCUUCCUGCAUCGCCGGCUCGGACACUUGUGUCUUCACCACGCGCUUGA